AUGCACGGUCCGAAUAAAGUGGCGCCGAAAGUGAUCAAAUUCUGCACAUUGAUGAGUGGAGAUUCACUAUCAUCGGAAACCGUCGAGCUGGAUGAUCCGAGCUUCUCCGUAGCCAAAUGGACACAAACGAUGGCCGCGAAACUGGGGUUGGAUCAGAAAUCUUGUGAGGCUGUGGAUGCACAGACUUCCUGCACAAUCGACCCAUGCCGUCAAGCGAUCGACGCCCUGCAGAAUCGUUUCGUCCGUAUCGUGGCCGUGGUGACAUUCGCCGUCGAGCUUCUCCCCAAUAAUUUCAACUUCAAAAGCCCACAAUCCACGCCGGCAAAAAUCGUGCUCCUCCGUGCCCGUCAAUCCCUCUCAACUGCCGCCGCCUUGCGACCGCUAUUAGCGAAAUAUUCGAUCGAUAUCACGCAGGCUGUCGUUGUUAUUGGAGGGACUUUAGAGCAGAUUAGUCGCCUCUCCAUCCCGCUCGUGCAAAUCGGCUCGAGAACCCUCACCGUCAUGUCGCAGGCACAAUUUCAAGGAUAUUUAUAUAAUUUCCAA